AUGACAAUGGCACGCCAUACUAUCGUUAAAAAUGUUAAAUCUAUUGUUCCCCUUCUUGAUCGCGUACUCGUGCAACGCAUUAAACCGCAACAAAAAACUGCUGCUGGUAUUCUGAUUCCUGAAAAAUCACUAGAAUCACUGAAUGAAGGAGAAGUUAUAGCAGUAGGUAAAGGUGCUCUUAGUAAGGAGGGAAAACAUAUUCCAAAUCAAGUAAAGCCUGGAGAUCGUGUUCUCCUUCCAUCAUACGGCGGAAGUACCAUUAAAGUUGAAGAUGAGGAGUAUUCCAUCUUUAGAGAUUCUGAAAUCUUGGCCAAAGUAGAGACCAAUUAG